ACAGCGGCUACAACAUGCAACCAGUCACCAACAGCUGUGUUAGGACGCACAAGUAUAUGCAAAGGCGAUUUACUAUUCAGCGAAGAAUUCGUCGACGAGAAUAUAAGUCAAUUAUCCAAUUGGACGGCUGAAGUCAUGUUUCCGCAAGGACCGGACUUCCCAUUCAAUGUAUAUUUAGCAGAUGGAACAGUACGCCUUGAAAAUGGCCUCUUGGUAAUAUCGCCGGAGCUUCUUGAGUCGAAGUAUCACGAGGGUAUCCUGAACGAGGUUUUGGAUCUAAGCAAAAGUUGCACGGGUAUUAUCGGCACGUGGGAAUGUUCUCGAAGAGCGUCCGGUGCGCAGAUCUUGCCUCCAGUUGCAACAGGAAAACUAACGACCAAGAAUUCGUUUAAUUUCAAAUACGGUAGA